AUGGUGACGAAAUCCUUAAAGAGGAGGAACCUUGCCGUGCAAGAGGAAUUUCAGGACGACCCAAAUCUGAGAGAUAAGAAUCUCGAGGAGGAAGAGAGAUAUCCAAUCUCCACAGAAGUGAGGAAAUCGGUGGAGUUUACUUACCGCCACCUAUCGACAUCAAAGCUCCUACGCAUGAUGCGGUUGAGUGGAGCCAGUAGUGAGGCCAUCCGCUAUGCAAAGCGAUGGCGGUACGGAGUGCUAGCUCGCAUCACGCACGACCAAGGUGGUGAAUUCGAGCAAUCCUUCACAGCGGUACUCGAGCAGUUUGCCAUCGACUCCGAUGUAACCGCAGCCCACGCUGGCUGGCAGCUGGGCGCAGGCGAGCGCCAUGGAGAAAUCCUCGGAGUAGUUUUGCAGGCUAUAGUAGAUGAGCAUUCUGUGGAAAGAUACAGAGCUAUGAAGCUGGCACUAGCAGCGGCAACGAUGGCCAAGAACGCCACCAUUACCCGUGACGGGCAUAUACCCAACCAACGAGUCUUUGGGGUUGAGGUGAAGUGGCCGAGCCUCCUGGCUGAAGAGGUGGAAGUAAUACAAGCGAAGAGCACCGGCUGUGCCAAGCUCAUGAUGCGAGGCACAAAGUCGGUGCAGAAGCUUCUGCAGGAUGCUGGAGCUGGAAAGGAGUUCAGGAAGAGUGUCGCUCGGCAGCGACGCGACCAGAAAAGGAAGGCAGAGAAGAUUCCAGAGCCGCCUGUACCGAGAACGGCAGAACCUUUAUCGGCAGAGCCGGAGGAGAAGUCAGAGGGCUAUGACCCGAGUAUAGCAGAGGAUCCGGUAGAGGAAGGCCCUAGGCAUGUGGCACCAGAAGAUGUUCCAAUCGAAGGAGACGAGAUCAUUGAAGAGGAUGGUGAGGAUGGUAACCCCUCGCGGUUAGAUCCCUUGCGGCUCAUCCGAGAGCAUGCCAGCAGGGAAUGGCAAGGUCUUCCGCCAGAGGUAAUGAUGGGUGCAUCAGAAGAUGGGCCGUCCAACGAAUGGGUUAGCCGAUAUGAGCUUACGCUACUGAGGCAGUUGACAGGAUUGCCAAUCUGUGCUGCGCGGUUGCACCGUGCUCCAAGAAAGAGGUUCAUAAAACCUCCAAAGAUGGUGUUACGGUCUCGGUUGACCAUAAUGAUCGGAAGAGAUCCCGUGGACGCCUUUGUGGUCUCCGAGAACCCCGAAGAAGUAGCGGCCAAUCCGAGACACAGGUCAUCCAUCGAGUGGAAAGGAAUGACCAUGUUUGCCAAGGCUGCGCCUGAAGAUAAAAGGGCACGGAUAUACCCAACAUACGUCCAGGGUGCUCAAGGCCUUUAUGAGGCCAAUAUGACCUACGAGGAACGCAAGGUGUUCGAAGAAAUCUGGGUUGAGGACACCAGGAAUUGCUUGGUGGCCGAGAUCAUGGCUUUGAAGCUCAAGGCCAGUGGCAAGGAACUCAAUCCAAAGGCUUUCGAAAAGGAUGAAUGGGUGAAGUUCAAGGUUUCCGAACAGAGAGAAUGGGAAGAGUGGAUCGACAAUGUUGUCAUAAGAAGAAUUCCCAAGGAAGAGGCGGUGUCCAUUCCAAAAUGGAAGGUGUUCAAGUCCCCAUUCCGAAUGGUCCGAACGAACAAGAGUGGUGGAGUGCUGUUACCCCUGAUCGCAAAAUCGCGAUUAGUGGUGCCGGGUCAUUUAGGAGAUAGCACCAGCCGUGAGAUCUACGUCAGAGCCCCGGAAGAAGGCCUGCCGGCCGUAGAACCGUUCGAAGGACUCCAAACUCUGAAGUCCGCGUAUGGACUGACUGAAGCCUCGCAGUAUUUGUGGCUGCAGAAAAGGGAGUCUCGUGGGCGAUUUUGGUGCUCCAGGGUGGACGACGGCCUGCUGCUAGGAUCUAAUCAGGACGUGCGAUUUCAACGGUUGAAGGAACAGAUCAAUGGAUUGUUCCGGAUCAAAGAGUGGAAGACCGUCCCAUUCACAUUUCUGGGAGUGAAUCUGGAGAAGCAAGAUGAUACGUGGGUUGACGACAUGUCAGUCUAUAUCAAGGCGAUCAAGGUCCCAGAGAUUCAAAAGAAGAAAGAUGACAUCCCGCUGGAUGCUCAGGAGCUGACUACCUUUCGGCAGCUCGUCAUGCGCCUUCGAUGGCCUGCACAACUGGCUGCACCCAAGCUAUUGUAUGAGGUGUCACUUUUGGCACAGAAAAUUUCUAAGGUGACGCACAAAGACUUCAAGGAUGCCUUGGCGUUGCAUGGCAAGUUCCGGACAGAAGUAGAUGAGGGUAGAGUUGCGCUCAAAUACCCGAGGAUGAAUGGCAUGCCAUAUUUGGUGACGUAUUUCGACGCGUCAUUCGGCCGAGAGCCAGAAGGACGCUCUCAACUGGGAGCCAUCCAUUUCCUGACUGAUGAGGGAGUGAUUCAUGGGCCGAGCCGAGCUGCCGUGGUGGAGUUUACAACCACCAAGUCGACCAGAGUUGUAAGAAGCUCAAUGGCAGCAGAAUCUUGCAGCCUAAGCGUGGCUGUGGACCGCCACAUGUAUGCAAGGUUGAUCCUCGACAUGAUGCUGAGAGGAACAUACGAGGUCAAACCUACUUGGCGCACAGAUUGCCAAGUCCGUGGUGGUUCGGUUACAGACGCCAAAAGUCUGUAUGAUCAUAUGUCUACGACAGGACAGAUCCCUCAAGAGAGACAGACGAUGCUGGAUCUCCUAGUUGCCAAGAGCUUGCUGGAGCAAGAAGCCUUUCGGCUCUUUUGGGCUCUGGAGGAGUAUCGUAAGCGACUCCGACAAGGUCAACGGCAGCGCCGGAAGACCAAGUUCAAGGCUGCAGCCGCAGCCACUAAUUCGUGA